AUGGACGGAGAUAAGGAUACCUCAAAUACAACUAACCCUAGCCUAGACACAACUAGUCCUCUAUACAUGCACCCGUCUGAGAGUGCUGUAACAGUGCUGGUACCGGUAGUCUUCGACGAAACUAGUUAUAGAUCCUGGAGGAGAGGUGUUAUGAGAGCUCUUUCAGUGAAGAAUAAAGUCGGAUUCAUCACCGAAAAAUAUAAGAAGCCGAGCUCCGAUGAUGCGACCUUCGACCAGUGGGCUCGAUGGGAGAAUCCAAACAACAUUGCAUGUGGAGUUGCAAACUUUGCAGGCCUUUCAAUGAAGAGGCCUCUGAAAAUUGGUAAGACAAGAAGUGGCCUAUACUUCCUCCGCUCAAUGUGUCUCAGUCAUGAGUCUAAGUCAAAUUUUAUUUCUGCUUUCAACUUGGAUCUUUUCAAGUACUUUAGUUCAUGUCUUCCUACAUCUGUUGAUGCUACAAGUGGAGUUAAGAGUCAUCCUCCUCAUUCAUCUGCAUUUGUAAAUAAAUCAUCAUGUCCAUCCAAUGAUUCUGGUGGAGUCCUGAUGACUCAAAGGAAGUUUGCUAAUAACUUGUUGAAGGAGUAUGACUGCUUAGGCUACACCACUGUGUUAUCUCCUCUUGAUUCCACAAUCAAGUUGAAAGCUGGAGAAGGGCCUCUACUUUCAGAUCCAAUAUUGGACAACGCAUAUAGUGUCCAUCACCUGAGCCAGUUUAUGCAAGCCCCAAGGGAUCUACAUCUGAAGGCUGCUUUACAUGUCGUGAGAGACCUGAAGCAUGAUCUUACAUUGGGAAUUUUUCUGUCCAAGGAUCCCAAUUAUGGGCUAAGAGCUUAUUGUGAUUCAGAUUGGGUAUUUUGCCCUGAUUCAAGGAAGCCAGUCAAUGGCUAUAUUGUCCUACUUGGUGAUAGUCCUAUUAGCCGGAAGUCCAAGAAACAGAGCAAAGUAUCACUAUCUUCUGCUGAAGCAGAGUACAUGUCAAUAAGGAAAGUGGUAGGAGAGCUAGUGUGGGUGAAGAGGUUGAUGGAGGAACUAGCAGAGGUCUGCCAUGAUCCUAUUCCUGUAUUUUGUGAUAGUCUGGCAGUUGUUUACAUUGCAUGA